CCGAGUGACUCGUCGCAGGGACAAGGACGACGGAUGGCACCGGUUCCCGUUGCUUCGGGAUGAAACGGCUCCGUUUUGGGACUUUCCUCAGCUUUUUACCCACCCGGUGCAAAGCUGGAUGGGUUGAGGGGACGACGCGUUGUAACGGGGCGAGAACAGCGCUGGCGUGGGGGGCGCACGCCGGUCGUGCGACUCGUGCUUGGGUCGCGCGCUGUCGCGACGUUGCACGCCGCUUGCGUUUGUCACCCAAGCGGGGUGAUGCCACCUCGCUGCUUGGGCAUUCCGGGCGCUGCUCGUGCAUCCUGGGCGCUGCUUGUGCGUGCUGCACGCCGGUUGUGCACCUCGCGAUCCUUUGCGUGGCACCAGUUGUGCCUCUCACCCGCCGCUUGUGCAUGCCGCCCGUGUCACCCGCCGCCAAUGUGUGUGUCACCCGCCGCUUGCACGCCUAUCCCGGCUCUGCAGGGCUGUGUCACCGGCACCACGGCUGCACCCGGAGCCGGCUUAUUUCUGGUGAUGGAUUUCGGGCCCCGGCAUUGCCUUGUCCCCGGGUUUGGUGGCGUGGCCGUUGCUUGGUGCGCAGAGGGGGGUUAAUUACCCUCCGAAAGGUGAUUAAAGCUGCUGGGUUACAGCUCGGGGGCUCAGCCGCGAUCCUUGGCUUUCCACCAUCGCCGCUCCUCGGGGGGACGCGGGCCCGGCCCGGCCCUUGGAGGCCGAACCGUGCCCGAAGCCCGGCCUCGGCUCCCCCCGAGCGAGCCCGGCCCUGGCGCCCUCGGCAGCGCCUUCUCUCGCUCCCCCGGGGCGGAUCCAAAGCGCGCCUGCUGAUUGGUCGGCUGCGGAGCGCGCUCUCCCUUUCAACCAAUCGCCGCGCGCCGUUCGCAUCCUCCCCUGUCCCACCCCCGUGGAGCCGCCCCAGGGCGGCAGCAGCAGCUGGGGUCGGGCCAAUCAGCGCAGAGCGCGGGAAUUUCAAACCCACCCCCCGCGCCCUCAGCCAAUGGGAAACUCUACGCCCUGCGGGCAGCCAAUCAGGGUCGCAGCGAGGUUAUAAAAGGCGGGGGCUGUGUGGCGGGACCUGCAGAAGGCGGCGGCGCUGCGAGGAAAUCUGCGGGCUCACGGCGGCCCCAAGCGGCCGUUUAUAG